AUGCAGCUUCAACUUCUACCUUAUGUAAGGAUCAAAACUCCUUAUUUACGUCGGGUGUUACCGACUCUUUUAAAAAUCACAAUCUUAGCAAGGGAGCGUGAGUGCGUGACUGUUGAACUCGUGCCACAACUUGACUGCUCAUGCUCAUUACAGGACGUUCUGCGCGACACGCUGUCACGGUUGUCGAUCAAAGAUGUCGUGAGGAUGAGCACACUUUCUCUUGAAUGGAGACUGCUAAUGAUAUGCCACCCAGAACUGGUCUUCACCAAAGACACCUUUGGCAUCAGUACAGACACGAAUACUGACCCAGAUCGGGACUUCUAUGGCAUCAUUAAAGACAUGAAUACUAAACGAGCAUCCUGGACUGCUGAACUCAUCACCAAUGUGGACAGUGUAUUGCGCCCACUGUGGUCUACUUCUACUACAACUACGACUACGCUGGGCAAGUUUGCUGUCGAAUUUGGCCUUCGCAGAAAGCACAAGCAUCACAUUGAUAGAUAUGUUAACUUUUCCAUUGCGUCAAGGGCCAAGCACAUUGCUUUUGAUUUCACGUUUGAUGUCAAUUGUUCUGGCUCCCGAUUCGACAAGUACAAGUACAUUUUCCCGUUGCAAAAUCUCAGCGGUCCAAACGCCUCUUGUGUCAAGUAUCUUGAUCUGGGCUACGUGCUACGAUUCAGUGAAAACCAAACUAGCUUCAUCAAUUUGAGGCAUCUGAACUUGAACCUUGAGCUAGCGUGGGAUCCAUAUGAUGAUAGUUUGGCUAUGGGAUUUCUUAAUAUUUUGGAAUUAGCACCUCUCUUAGCUAAUGGAUAUAUGUGUGUGCAGGUUGGUCGUGAUAGAUGUUGCCCUCCUACUACGAGGAUGGUGACGGCUGUGCAAGGGCCUCUGCAUCAUCACCUGAAGAGUGUUCACAUGUCCGGAUUUUGUGAUGUAUUGGGGCUAGCCGAGCUGGCGCUCUACAUCCUUGGGAAUGCUACUGUACUUCAACGUAUGGUGGUAGAUCCAGUGGCGUAUGCCCACACUCUUCGCACCGAUGAUAUCUAUUCAGUCAGCAAGGCUGGUAGUAUCGAGGGGGGUCAUUACCACGCCGAUCAGAAUAGGAUGUUUGCAGAGCAAAUCCUUGGCAGUGAGGAGUUCCGUCAUAUCGUCACCAUUUAUCGAAGUACAAUGCUGGGGCUGGAGAUGCUAUUCAUAUAUGCCGACGAUUUAUGGAUAUGGGCGUGGUGGAAAAAAGAUUGA